UAUAAAUUCAUGCGCGUGUAUAUAUGUAGAUAACAAUCGCAAAUCAACUAACGAUGAUCAGACAGUUCACAACCAUGGCUGCUUCAACUCGGCUUCUUCUUCUUCUCCUUGUUCUUCUACUCUCUCUUUCCGCCAUUUCUCUCGCGGACAACAUAAGCAUCGACUGUGGAACCACCGGUUCAUACGUGGACGACAAUAACGUUACAUGGGUCGGCGACCAAGGCUUCAUCACCGCCGGCCAGACUGCCAAGGUUCCGGAUUCCAUAACGGACACCGUUUCCAAAGCCCUAACCACUUUACGGUACUUUCCGACCGGUCAAUCCAACUGUUACUCCAACGUUCCGGUCAAAACCGGCGGGAAAAUCCUCGUGAGGACGACGUUCUACUACAGUAACUACGACGGAAAGUUCUCCUCGCCGACUUUCGACGUCGUCUACGCCGAAAAACACCGCGACACGGUCACCACUUCGUUGAUUGACGGGGACUACACUUUCUCGGAGGUUAUAUUUGUCCCCGACAGCGGGAACAUCAGUGUCUGUCUUGUCCGUACAUCUCAGGCGGACAACCCUUUCAUAUCCGCCAUUGAAGUUGUGAGCUUGGACGCUGGCAUGUACAGUGAUCUUGGUACGGACGAAGGUUUCAUUGUCCGACAAAGAUUCGCGUAUGGCGCUAAAGGACUUAUAAGCUAUCCAUUGGAUCCUUACAGUAGACUAUGGGUUGCACCACCGUCCAACUUUUUAAUUACCGAGCUCUCGACCACCGCAGCAUCGAUAGACACAUCCACGGCCAAGAACAAGCCGCCGGAGAUUGUUAUGGGGACAGCUUGGUCGGCCGAUGGCCUAACACUCUCCGACGACACUCUCCCCAGCGCCGGAAUUCCGGUGUACCUAGCGAUGUACUUCUCCGAGACCCAGAAUCUUGGUCCGAACGAGAAACGAUCGUUCAACAUUUACGCCGACGACAAGCAAGUGGGUUCGGGCCCGGUCGUGCCUGUGUUCGGGAAAGCGACGCAAGUGGUCGUGAGAGGCGUAGUGCUUAGCUCGGCUUCUCAGCUCGUGUUUCGAUCCACCGGUGACUCGACUCUGCCGCCUCUCAUCAAUGCCUUGGAGUACUAUUCAAUAAGUGGCAGCCAAAGUGGAGGAGGAGGAGGAGGAGGAGGAUCGGGCACAGAUGGAGGCGCAGGGCAAAAAGGUGGAUCUGAAGGUUCGAGUGGCACGAACAAAGGAAGCAGAGCAGGAGGAAACAAUAUAGUGGGAGGUGGGUCGAGCAAUGGACCGACCAAGAAGAAGAAGAACAAUGCAGGCCUCGUAGCGGGGGUUACACUCGGAUCGGUGUUUGCUCUUCUCUCGGCUUUGUUUGGGUUUUUCUUCGUAAAGAAACGUAAACCAACGCCGAGGCCACAACAACCUGCGGUCGCAGUUCCAGUCGCAGGUGGAGGGACAGGAGCAACUCCUCUAGUUGGGCAAGGGGGAUUGCAAAACGGCGGUAACCAUCCGACGAACGAGGUCGACAUGAACGACAUCGAGGACCUGAUCGGUGCGAACUAUUCGUACGUGGCGAACGAUGAUCUCCGUCACCCGGGAUAGCCAAUCUCGUUUAUGCGUAAUUGCAUGCAUCAUGCAUGCAUGAAUUCUAGUAUUUUGCUUUUAUGUUUUUUUUUUCCCUUCAUGACAUGAUUGUAAUAUCAUGUCUGAUUAAAUUAAUUUGAUCGAUUGAUAUGAGGUCCAAAAAGUAAUUGAGGUUA